AUGUCAGAAUUGAGAGCAUUCAGUGCUCCGGGAAAAGCGUUAUUGGCCGGUGGAUACCUAGUUCUAGAUCCAAAAUAUGAAGCAUUUGUGGUCGGAUUAUCAGCAAGAAUGCAUGCCGUAGCUCAUCCUUAUGAUUCGUUGCAAGAAUCAGACAAGUUUGUAGUGCGCGUGAAAAGCAAGCAGUUUAAAGAUGGGGAGUGGCUAUACAGUAUCAGCCCUAAAACAAACUUCAUUCCUGUUUCCGUAAGUGGGUCUAAGAAUCCUUUUAUUGAAAAAGUUAUUGCUAAUGUAUUUAGCUACUUUAAGCCAAGUUUGGAUGAUUAUAGCAGUCGAAACCUGUUCGUCAUUGACAUUUUCUCCGAUGACGCUUACCAUUCUCAGGAAGAUAGUGUUACCAAACAUCACGGCAACAGGAGGUUAAGUUUUCAUUCACACAGAAUUGAAGAAGUUCCCAAGACAGGGUUGGGCUCUUCUGCAGGUUUAGUUACAGUCUUAACUACAGCCUUAGCUUCCUUCUUUGUACCGGAUCUGGCAGAUAAUGUGGAUAAGUACCGAAAAAUGAUUCAUAAUUUAUCACAAGUUUCACAUUGUCAAGCACAGGGUAAAAUUGGAAGCGGAUUUGAUGUAGCAGCUGCAGCAUAUGGAUCUAUUAAAUAUAGAAGGUUCCCACCAGCAUUAAUUUCGAAUCUGCCAGAAAUUGGAACCGUCACUUAUGCCGAUAAACUGGUUCAUUUGGUUGAAGAGGUUGCUUGGAAUAUAACGAUCGAAAAUAACCAUCUUCCUUCAGGAUUAGUUUUAUGGAUGGGUGAUAUUAAAAGUGGGUCAGAAACUGUCAAACUUGUCCAGAAGGUAAAAAAAUGGUAUGAUACACACACACCAGACAGCUUGGAAGUAUAUACAGAACUAGACCAUGCCAAUUCUAGGUUUAUGGAUGGACUUUCUGAAUUAGAUCGUUUAUAUGAAUCUCAUGACCACUACAGCACUCAGUUAUUUGAAUCUAUCAAAAGAAAUGAUUCUUCCUGUCAAAAUUAUUCGGAAAUCACACAUACUAGAGACGCUGUUGCCACAAUUAGACAUUGCUUCAGAAAAAUAACUAAAGAAUCUGGGGCUGAUAUCGAACCACCUAUACAAACUAAACUAUUGAAUGAUUGCCAAGCGUUGGAAGGUGUUCUUACAUGCUUAAUUCCCGGUGCUGGUGGUUAUGACGCCAUUGCAGUUAUUGCUUUGCAAGAUGUUGAUCUUAAGGCACAAACUGCUGGCGAUGAAAGAUUUUCCAAAGUCCAAUGGUUGGAUGUAUCUCAAGCCGACUGGGGUGUUAGAAAAGAGGAAGAUCCGGAAGAAUAUUUCGAUAAGUAA